CUGUUUUAAGGAUCAGAUUACUCGGUAGACUAACAUCAGCAUGGCAAAUGAAAUAGGCUGGAUUUGCCUUUCCGCCAGGUCAGACUUUUGCACUGUUACAGUCAUAGUAUCGAUGUUGCUGAUGGUUAUUGUUUCUGCAGAUAUCAUCCACUCGUUAUACUUCCAUCCACUAGCCAAGUUUCCCGGGCCUAUGUUUGCGGCGGUAUCGCGGCUUCCUUUUGCGUUCUCGGCCGUGACUGGUUCAACAUACAAAUGGCUGGAUCGGCUCCAUGCCCAAUAUGGAGAAGUCGUGCGAAUUUCUCCCGGAGAGCUAUCGACAAUAUCUCCAGGAGCAUGGAAGGAUAUAUAUCUCACGCGUCCGCAAUUGAAGAAGGAUCCCUACAGUCAAACCCCGCCACUGAAUGGAGCGCAUUCCUUAUUCACAGCUCAUGGAGCUACACAUGCUCGCAUUCGAAGGCUAUAUGUCAAUGCCUUUACUGACAAGGCACUCAAAGAGCAAAACCCAAUUAUUGAGUCGCAUGUUCAGUUGCUCAUGCAACGAAUGAGACGUGAUAUCACAAGGGCCGAUAACAAUGUCAUCGACAUCGCCAAAUAUUACGGGUAUGCCGCGCUCGACAUUAUUGCCGACCUGACAUUCGGUGAGAGUUUCCAUGGAUUGGAAGGCGAGAAUGAGCACCAUAUGAUUGUCGGCAUUUUCCUUGGGGCUAAAUUUGGUGCGAUCAGAAACAGCCUGAGCCACUUCUAUCCGUUGGACCGUCUAUUUGGCAUGAUCUUCCUCAGACUAACUGCCAGGAAGAGGAAGCAGAAUUAUGAGUUCAAUGAGAAAGCUAUCAACAAGCGGCUUGCCAUGGGUGACUUGGGUUUUCAAAGGCAAGACUUUAUGUCUGCUUUAAUUGGAAAUGUCAACCCAGGGAAAGAAAAGGGUAUCACCCGGACAGAGCUUGACAGCAACUCGUUGGCCAUCAUUAUCGCUGGCUGCCAGCUCACAACGGUGGCUUUAGCCACAGCAACGUAUCUUUUGCUGAGAAAUCCAGUAACCUAUCAAUGUCUUCGUGAUGAGAUUCGACAAACAUUCCUCGAUGAGAAGGAGAUCGACAUCACAAAAACACAGUCACUGCCGUACCUCUCUGCUGUCAUAGAUGAGACUCUUCGCAUACACCAUCCUACUCCAAUUAAUCUGCCAAGAAUUGUGCCAGCAGGAGGGCUAACGAUAGACGGAACUUGGAUACCGGAGAAGACCGUGAUUGGCAUUGCGCUUCAGACUUCCCAGACCACACCUCUCUACUGGGAGGAUGCCUUGGGGUUUCAUCCAGAACGCUUUCUUUCACCGAACGACGGUCGGUAUGAAUCUCGAUUCAACAAAGACAAUAAAGAUGCAUUCCACCCUUUCUCCAUGGGCAACAGGAAUUGCUUGGGCGGGAAGGUUUUUCUAGCAGAAGCUAAAGUUAUCCUGGCAAAGACGAUUUUUGCGUUUGAUCUGUCGCUAUCAAAUCACGUGGCGAAUGAUUGGAUGGACCAGAAAGCCUUUCUCGUAUUCGAACCAAGCGAACUGUUGGUUCAGGUAAGAGAAAAGCAAGUUUUGUAA